CAUGGUACAAACAAAGCGAAAUGAGGGAGUAUAUAUUUCAAAAAAAAUUUAAAAGCCCCACUAUCUUCUGAAGCCCUAACUCAUAUUAUUUGAAGACUCUGAACGCCUUCUCAGACCCCCUUCUCUCUCACUGAGUCUGAAACUCCUCACCUCCCAUCUAAUUUCGUUUGAUUUAAUCACCCGUGGGACGGUCCUCUGCCAUGGAAGCAUCUGCUAAGAAGAGUUCUAUGAAAAAAUCAAGUAAAAAGAGAAGGGCACCUGAAAUUGAUGAUUCUCAACUUACAGAAAAUGUUAUAGCUCAUGAUAAAGGAGAAGACACAGAUGGGAUUCAGAUUGACGAUAAUGAUCCUACAAUGGCUGACAAACUUGCUAGUUUAGGCAUUGAAAAGAACGAUAACACUGAAAUUCAGGAAAGUCCAGAACCUUCUCAGACACAGCCUCCCAGUGCAGACUCCAUACAUGUUUUGUUAAGGCAAGCUUUACAUGCUGAUGAUAGCGCACUUCUGUUAGAUUGUUUGUACAAUCAAGAUGACAAGGUUAUUGCGAACUCUGUUUCACAUUUAAAUGCAGUUGACAUUUUCAAGCUUUUGAACUCUCUUUUAGCUAUCAUCCAGUCAAGGGGUGCAGUUUUGGUAUGUGCUCUUCCUUGGCUGAGGAGUUUACUUCUCCAGCAUUCUAGCAGGAUAAUGUCCCAAGAGACUUCAUUAGCUGCCCUUAAUUCGUUAUACCAGCUCAUAGAAUCUAGAGUUGCAAAUUUUAAUCACUCACUUCAAUUGGCUAGCAGUUUGGACCUCCUACAUGCUGGGGUUGCGGAUGAAGGAGUUGACGAGUAUGACUCUGGUCCUCCUGUCAUUUACGAGGACAAGGAUGAAAGUGAAGAAGAAGAAUCUGAAGAAGAUGCAAUGGACACAGAUGAAGAGAAUAAAGAACCGGAAGAUUUCAGUGGUAUAAGCGAUGCUGAUCUAAGUGAAGGCUUUAGUGACUAAAUUACAUGAUCUUAUAUUGCUAGCCCUCAGGGUGGAGGAAAAAUUUGUUGUAAUUGGUGAUGAAAUAGUACAGUCUUAACUUUUUGCUGCAAAUUAAUUACCUUUUAUAAUCAUUUAUCUUCAUCAAUUAAAUUCAGUCAUCUUUGGUAGAAAUUGUGCGCAUAUUAUCAAUCUAUCAUGAAGUCCAUAGACUGUUAUCAGUGGUA